GCUCUCCGCUGGUCCGCCGCCACACACACACACACACAACAAAAACAACUUUUCGGUCCCCGCCCUCGGCCGCCCGGCUCCGCUACCCCACUGAGCCAUGAGCGCCCCUCCGCUCCUGCGGCCGCCCAGCCCGCUGCUCCCUGUGGCGGCGGCCGCGGCCGCAGCGGCCGCCGCGCUGGUGCCAGGGUCGGGGCCGGGGCCCGCGCCCUUCCUAGCUCCGCUCGCGGCCCCGACCGGGGGCAUCUCGUUCCAUCUGCAGAUCGGCCUGAGCCGCGAGCCGGUGCUGCUGCUGCAGGACUCGUCCGGAGACUACAGCCUGGCGCACGUCCGCGAGAUGGCUUGCUCCAUCGUCGACCAAAAGUUCCCUGAAUGUGGGUUCUAUGGAAUGUAUGACAAGAUCCUGCUUUUUCGCCAUGACCCUACUUCUGAAAACAUUCUUCAGCUUGUGAAAUCAGCUGGUGAUAUCCAGGAAGGCGAUCUUAUUGAAGUGGUCCUAUCAGCUUCUGCUACAUUUGAAGACUUUCAGAUCCGUCCCCAUGCCCUCUUCGUUCAUUCAUACAGAGCUCCAGCUUUCUGUGAUCAUUGUGGAGAGAUGCUGUGGGGGCUGGUGCGUCAAGGCCUUAAAUGUGAAGGUUGUGGGCUGAAUUACCAUAAGAGAUGUGCAUUUAAAAUCCCCAACAAUUGCAGUGGUGUGAGGCGGAGAAGGCUGUCCAAUGUCUCCCUCACUGGGCUCGGCACAGUCCGCACGUCAUCUGCAGAGCUUGCCACCAGUGCCUCUGAUGAGCCCCUUCUGCAAAAGUCACCAUCUGAAUCAUUUAUUGGUCGAGAGAAGAGGUCGAAUUCUCAGUCGUACAUAGGACGGCCAAUUCAGUUGGACAAGAUUUUGAUGUCUAAAGUUAAAGUGCCUCACACGUUCGUCAUCCACUCCUACACCCGGCCCACGGUUUGCCAGUACUGCAAGAAACUGCUCAAGGGGCUUUUCCGGCAGGGCCUGCAAUGCAAAGAUUGCAGGUUCAAUUGCCAUAAACGUUGUGCACCAAAAGUACCAAACAACUGCCUUGGUGAAGUGACCAUUAAUGGAGAUUUGCUUAGCCCUGGGGCAGAGUCCGAUGUGGUCAUGGAAGAAGGGAGUGAUGACAAUGACAGUGAAAGGAACAGUGGACUCAUAGAUGACAUGGAAGAGGCAAUGGUGCAAGAUACUGAGAUGGCCAUGGCAGAGGGCCAGACUGACAGUGCAGAAAUGCAAGAUCCGGAUGCAGACCAUGAGGACUCCAACAGAACUAUCAGCCCAUCAACGAGCAACAAUAUCCCACUCAUGAGAGUAGUGCAGUCUGUGAAACACACGAAGAGGAAAAGCAGCACAGUAAUGAAAGAAGGAUGGAUGGUCCAUUACACCAGCAAGGACACACUGCGGAAACGGCAUUAUUGGAGAUUGGACAGCAAAUGUAUUACUCUUUUCCAAAAUGACACGGGAAGCAGAUACUACAAGGAAAUUCCUUUAUCUGAAAUUUUAUCUCUGGAACCAGCAAAAACUUCAACUUUGAUUCCUAAUGAGGCCAAUCCUCAUUGCUUUGAAAUCACUACAGCAAAUGUCGUGUACUAUGUGGGAGAGAAUGUGGUCAGUCCUUCCAGCCCUCCACCAAAUAGCAGCGUGCUCACCAGUGGCAUUGGUGCAGACGUGGCCCGCACGUGGGAGAUGGCCAUCCAACAUGCCCUCAUGCCCGUUGUUCCCAAGGGCUCCUCCUUGAGUUCGGGAAGCAAUUCGCAUAGAGAUAUUUCUGUGAGCAUUUCAGUAUCAAAUUGCCAGAUUCAAGAAAAUGUGGACAUUAGCACAGUAUAUCAGAUCUUCCCUGAUGAAGUACUGGGUUCUGGACAAUUUGGAAUUGUUUAUGGAGGAAAACAUCGUAAAACAGGAAGAGAUGUAGCUAUUAAAAUCAUUGACAAAUUAAGAUUUCCAACCAAACAAGAAAGCCAGCUUCGUAAUGAGGUUGCAAUUCUACAGAACCUUCAUCACCCUGGUGUUGUAAAUUUGGAGUGUAUGUUUGAGACGCCUGAAAGAGUGUUUGUUGUUAUGGAAAAACUCCAUGGAGACAUGCUGGAGAUGAUCUUGUCAAGUGAAAAGGGCAGGUUGCCAGAGCACAUAACGAAGUUUUUAAUUACUCAGAUACUUGUGGCUUUGAGACAUCUUCAUUUUAAAAAUAUUGUUCAUUGUGACCUCAAACCUGAGAAUGUGUUGCUAGCGUCAGCUGAUCCUUUCCCUCAGGUAAAACUUUGUGAUUUUGGUUUUGCCCGGAUAAUUGGAGAGAAGUCUUUCCGGAGGUCAGUGGUGGGCACCCCGGCGUACCUGGCUCCUGAGGUUCUAAGGAACAAGGGCUACAAUCGCUCUCUAGACAUGUGGUCUGUCGGGGUCAUCAUCUAUGUAAGCCUAAGUGGCACGUUCCCCUUCAAUGAGGAUGAAGACAUACACGACCAGAUCCAGAAUGCAGCUUUCAUGUACCCGCCCAAUCCAUGGAAGGAAAUUUCUCAUGAAGCGAUUGAUCUUAUCAAUAAUUUGCUGCAAGUAAAAAUGAGAAAGCGCUAUAGUGUGGAUAAGACUCUGAGUCACCCUUGGCUACAGGACUAUCAAGCCUGGUUAGACUUACGGGAACUGGAAUGCAAAAUUGGGGAACGCUACAUCACCCAUGAAAGUGAUGACUCAAGGUGGGAGCAGUAUGCAGGUGAGCAGGGGUUGCAGUACCCCGCACACCUGAUCAAUCCAAGUGCUAGCCACGGUGACAGUCCUGAGACUGAAGAAACAGAGAUGAAAGCCCUCAGUGAGCGUGUCAGCAUCCUCUGAGUUCCAUCCCUAUAAUCUGUCAAAACACUGUGGAAUUAACAAAUACAUACGGUCAGGUUUAACAUUUGCCUUGCAGAACUGCCAUUAUUUUCUGUCAGAUGAGAACCAAGCUGUUAAACUGUUAGCACUGUUGAUGCAUCUGAGUUGCCAAGACAAAUCAACAGAAGCAUUUGUAUUUUGUGUGACCAACUGUGUUGUAUUAACAAAAGUUCCCUGAAACACUAAACUUGUUAUUGUGAAUGAUUCAUGUUAUAUUUAAUGCAUUAAACCUGUUUCUGCAGUGCCUUGGCAAAUCAGUGGUUUUCUUACUGGAACCUCACUUUGAAAAGGGAUGGAACCUGUCCACAAAAUAGUUCCAUUUGCUGUGUCCCAUUGUUAUUAUCACUGUAAUCAAACUCUUGAAGAGUCAGCUAUUACCCGUGUUCUGUGAACAACUCCAAAAACUCACAUGGGGAAAACAAAAGGUGGGGUGUGUGGGAUAAAGGAUAUAAAGUCCUAAGGCAAAAAUGCAUGAAAGAAUUCCACUGUAUGGUUUUUAAUUCUGUCUGCCUGAUGUGCCUCAGUGUGGUUAAACUCUAGUAAAUGCACCUAGGCAUGCAGAACCUACUGUUAUUAAACCAAAAUGCCUUAGAAAUGUAAACCGCUAUAUAUAACAGAUGUAUUUCACUCUUUGUUACAAUACCCUGCUGUACUAUGGAAAACCAGCAGCUAAGCAACUUUUUGCUUUUGUGUAUUUUUUCAAUAACAAAUAAAUAAUCUUGUCAAA